AUUCAAGUUAUUCGUAAGCAUUUGUAGGUGACUCUACGAUUUUAAAUUUUCAAAGCAACAAAAAAACAUGGCAGCUCCAAGUGACCCGAAUACGAAAUUUCGAAAUCCGACCAAAUGUCCCGUGGCUGAUUGCAACGAAAUUUUCACGGAAUCAGCUCUUCUUGAACAUCUUUUGAGCGACCACACCAACAUUGAUGCCAAACCACUUCUAGAGGGCGAACAGUUGCGAAUUCCUCUGCAGAAAAACAGCUUUCCCAACAGUGGACAGCCCAUAUGUUCACAAAUUAUACUAUAUGGUGGAAAAGAAGACUGUCUCCGUGCGGUAAAAUCUGGUUUGUCACGGCGAAAUUUGACGACAUCCUGUUGCCCGUACGGAGAACAUUUGGUGGUUUUACUGAUGGGUUGCAGAAUCCCAAGUAUGAUAAGGCUUCCCGAGGAAGAUAAUCCAGCAACAGUUGGCGAUUUUGAAGUUCCAGAUGAUUUUGUCCUUUGGUUGAUUGCUCCCAAGAUUGAACGUCCAUUAUUUGCACACGUGAGCGUUAGUCACCAUCAGAACAAGUUUGCACUAGGUGAUCGAGUUCAAGUCAAAGAUUUUCAAUCCUUCGGGCAGCCGAAUCCGUUACUUCAGCAAGGAUUGGACUACUUGCUAUUAACUGGAGGUGCAAUGGACCUGAUGACUAACAGCGGUCAAUCGUCGCUCGACGUGGUAAUAUGUUUGGAGGAAUGAUGUGGUUGUACGUAUUAUGGCUUAACUAUUCAACUGUAUUAUUAAAAGUUAACGACAUCUGAGCAACAUACAUUAUUAUUGAUUAAAA